UCAAAACCAAACACCAACCCAAGUUCCGACCAAACUGGGUUUCCAUUAUCACUUUUGCCCUCUUCUCUUCUCUUCUCUUCUGAUGUAUAAGAAGAUAGUUUCAUUUCCAUGUACGAAUUAUGCUCUGUCCUUACCCAGCGAGAAAAGAAUCAAUCAUUUCCUGAGACAUCUCUGCACGGCUGUUCAAAGGUUAGAUCUUGGAGACUCUAAUGGAUAUCAGAUCGAAGAUACGUCACGUAUGAACCAUAUAGAAGUGUUUAAAGGGAACAGUGGAAAUGGGCAAAUCCAGAGCUAUGGGAAAGUUAGUGAAAGUCAGAGUUUGGUUUCAAAUCAAGAGCAGUCAUGGAAACAGAGUCCUAGUACGUAUAAUUCGCAGGUUCAAUCUAAUUAUCAAGGCAAAUGGUACGGGAAAAUCUAUGAUUACGAGAGUAAUGAUGAAGACAUAUAUGAGAUGUAUCAGAAAUUUGAUGAGUAUUGUGUACAAGGGAAUCUAAGAAUGGCCUUAAAUAACAUGGAAAAAUUGGAGAAGAAGGGUUGUGAUAUGGGUAUAGAUAGACUUAUAAUGAUAUAUCAGCUAUGUGGGGAUGAGAAUCCAUUUCUAGAAGCUAGUAUUUUAGAAGAAGGUAAGGUUUCUGUUGAGGGGAAGCUGAGAGCUUCAGUUAAAAAUAAUGUGAAUGAUUUGAAACAUUAUACUGAUUACAUGGUUAAUGAAUUUGAUUCAUUGUGCGGACAAGGUAAGGUGAAAAAGGCCUUGUAUACUUUAGGUACAUUGGAGAUUAUGAAUCAUGUUGUGGAUUUGAGUAGACUUUUACGGUUAGCUAAGCUGUGUGGUGAAGCUGAGGCUUUAGAAGAAGCUAAGGCUGUUCAUGGGAAGAUUAGUGCUUUGUGUUGUUAUUUAGAUGUUAGUUGUUUCCAUUUACUGUUGGAAAUGUACUCUAACUGUGGGUUGCUGGAUGAAGCAUGGAGUGUUUUUGAGGAAAUGCCUGAGAGGAAUUUAGAGACUUGGGAUAUUAUUAUAAGAUGUUUUGCGAAGAAUGGUCGAGGAGAAGACGCUAUUGAUAUGUUUAGUCGGUUUAAAAGAGAAGGAAACAAACCUGAUGGUCGACUAUUUAGAGGAGUUUUCUAUUCAUGUGGUAUGUUAGGUGAUGUUGAUGAGGGACUAUUACAUUUUGAGUCGAUGUCUAGGGACUUCGGCAUUGUCCCCUCGAUUGAAGACUAUGUAAGCCUCGUUGAGAUGUAUGCGUUACCCGGAUUUUUAGAAGAGGCUUUGGAAUUUGUGGAGAGAAUGCCAAUGGAGCCAAAUGUUGAUGUGUGGGAAACAUUGAUGAAUCUUUCUCGUGUGCAUGGGAAUUUAGAACUUGGAGACCAUUGUGCUGAGUUAGUUGAAUUGUUAGAUCCUACGCGGUUGAAUAAACAAUCCCGGGAAGGGUUUGUACCAGUCAAGGCAUCAGAUGUUGAGAAAGAGAGUCUAAAGAAAAAGUCGGGAGUUUAUCCUCUUCUCGGAGUCAGUAACAAGAUGCAGGAAUUUAGGGCAGGGGACACCAAUCUUCCUGAGAAUGGUGAACUGUUCGAGCUAUUGAAGAAUUUCAAGAUGCAUAUGAUAGAGAUGGGAUAUGUCGCUGAUACGAAACCUGCUUUGCAUGAUAUCGACCAAGAGAGUAAAGAGACGGCACUUCUUGGUCAUAGCGAGAGGGUAGCUUUUGCUCGUGCUGUUCUCACUACUGCACCCCGCAAACCUUUUACUGUUAUGAAAAACCUCCGUGUAUGUGUCGAUUGUCAUCACGCAUUGAAGAUGAUGGCACUUAUAGCUGGUAGAUUAGUGGUCAUGCGCGAUGCAAAGAGGUUCCACCAUCUUAAAGACGGGGUUUGCAGCUGUAAUGACUAUUGGUGAUUAACAACAGAGCUUGAGGUAUAUGUGUUCUAUGGAGUACGCGUUGAAAUGUUUUUGGCUCUUUUUACCCGAAGCUGCCAUAUUGUUGUUAUAGAUCAGUCUCAUUCUCUUGUCCCAUCCAGUUUAUGAUAAGGUAUAUCAUGAAUGCUAUGUAUCGUUUAUAUAUGAACAAUUCAUUGUGUUUAUAUGAGCACUUUGAAUAUGUACAUUUUUUUUUUCCAAAUCAAAAUACACAAUGAUCAAUUUAUAAUGAGUUUUGUAAA